GUGAAAGUAACUUUACAGGGUCGCUAGCUAGUAGGAGGGCUUUAUGGAGCAGAAAAACGACAAAGCGAGAAAAAUUAUUUUCCACUCCAGAAAUUAAUGAUCAUGAGCUCGUAUUUGAUGGACUCUAACUACAUCGAUCCGAAAUUUCCUCCAUGCGAAGAAUAUUCGCAAAAUAGCUACAUCCCUGAGCACAGUCCGGAAUAUUACGGCCGGACCAGGGAAUCGGGAUUCCAGCAUCACCAUCAGGAGCUGUACCCACCACCGCCUCCGCGCCCUAGCUACCCCGAGCGCCAGUAUAGCUGCACCAGCCUCCAGGGGCCGGGCAGCUCGCGAGGCCACGGGCCGGCCCAGGCGGGCCACCACCACCCCGAGAAAGCACAGCCGCUCUGCGAGCCGGCGCCUCUCGCAGGCACCGCCGCCUCCCCGUCCCCAGCCCCGCCAGCCUGCAGCCAGCCAGCCCCUGACCAUCCCUCCGGCGCUGCCAGCAAGCAACCCAUAGUCUACCCAUGGAUGAAAAAAAUCCACGUUAGCACGGUGAACCCCAAUUACAACGGAGGGGAGCCCAAGCGCUCGAGGACAGCCUACACCCGCCAGCAAGUCCUGGAAUUAGAGAAAGAGUUUCAUUACAAUCGCUACCUGACCCGGAGGAGAAGGAUCGAGAUCGCCCACUCGCUGUGCCUCUCUGAGAGGCAGAUCAAAAUCUGGUUCCAAAACCGGCGCAUGAAAUGGAAGAAGGACCACCGGCUCCCCAACACCAAAGUCAGGUCAGCGCCCCCGGCCGGCUCUGCGGCCAGCACCCUGUCGGCAGCCACCCCUGGUACUUCUGAAGACCACUCCCAAAGCGCCACGACGCCGGAGCCGCAGCGGGCAGAGGACAUUACCAGGUUAUAAAACAUAACUCACACCCUGCCCCCUCCCCGCGCCCACCCCCUCCUCACACACAGAUUGACUCUUAUUUAUAGAAUUUAAUAUAUAUAUAUAUUUUGGUUCUUUUGGCUCUUCCUUCCACCUUAUCCCUCGUCGAGUCCAAACAGACAAAACAGAUCAACCAACAAGCCCCCCCCCCUCCUGCUCUUCUUCUUCUCCCUUCCACUGUUAAGGACCCUUUUAAAGCAUGUGAUGUUGUCUUCUUAGCAUGGUACCUGCUGGGGUUAUUUUUGUUUUUAAAGGGUCAUUUAGGGGGUUAUUUAUUUUUUAAGGAAAAAAAAAGCUGCAAAAAUUAUCUAUUGCAAGGUGCGAUGAGCUGGUUUGAGUGAAUUCCAGGGGAAACGAGGAAAAGAAAAAAGGGAAAAAGAUUUUUAAGCCAAUUUGCCUCCUCUUCCUCCUCCUCCUCCUCCUCCUUCUUCCCCCCUCCCUCUUUCCUUAGGCCUUUUUGCAUUGAAAAUGCACCAGGGGAGGUUAGUGAGGGGGAAGUCAUUUUAAGGAGAACAAAGCUAUGAAGUUCUUUUGUAUUAUUGUUUGUGGGGGUGCUGGGAGGAGAGGGGGGAAGACAGCAGACAAAGCUAUAAGCAUCUGGAGAGCCUCUCAGAACUGUUCAGUUUGGGGAGCCAAAAGAAAAUAAAAAUGAACUUUCAGUUCUGAGAGGCAGUCUAUAGGUAGAACCACUCUCACCCCAACUCCCCACACCCUAGUCAUGGUUAUUGUGUUUUUGGACUGAAUUUACUUGAUUAUUGUAAAACUUACAAUAAAGAAUUUUAGUGUCGAUGUGAAAUACCCCGUGAUCAAUAAUAAACCAGUGGAUGUGAAUUAGUUUUA